UAAACUAAUAAGAAAAAAAGUAAACAGUAAUGUUUGGUUUUUAUGAAUGAAAAAUUGAAUUUUAUUCGUUUAUAUAAGUCUGCAUAAUAUAUUUUUAUCAUUUAUAUAAAAAUGGGUGUAACAGUUUUACAACAAUUUCCACCCAUGGAAAAUAGAACGGGGCCACAAAUAAUAGAAUUUUUAACAAAACGAAUAGUGGCACUUGGUGCAUUACAAUCUGGACAAUUUUUAGUAGAUUGUGAAACAUAUACUUCUGUGCCUCAGUUAGGACCUCAACGAACUGUUCAUGUUUUACAUAAUUCAGAACAACCGGCGUCUGUUUUUAGUAUAUUGGAAACAGGCACCAAAACAAUACCGCUAGUUGCUGAUGGAUUAUUUGAUUUAAUUAUGAUGAAAAUGACUGGAAUGUAUACACCAAAAAAAUUAAUUAAAAUUGAAGCAAAAGGACCUCGUUUUGAAAUUGGCGAUUUUUGUGUUAAGCUUGGUACCGUUAAUGUAAGCUCAAAUUAUAAAGGAAUAUUGGUUGAAGUUGAAUAUAGACCGUGUGUGGUACCUUCAAAUUGUUGGGAGUUGAUGAGGGAAUUUUUACAAGGAUUUUUGGGAUCUUCAGUCCCUAGUACACCAUCACCUUAUUUACAAUCACGAAUGAAUGAAAUUUAUCAACCCAUAGACACAAUACAACAAUACUUAGAUCAUUUUACACAAUACAGAAAAGCACCAGGAGCUGCACGACCAUAGUAUAAUUAUACAGUAGAUUUAUUGUUAACUCACUUA